AUGCCCGAAAGCCUGGCUCCGUAUAGAAGAUUGUCCCAUUCCCCCAGCUUGGAUAGGGAUGAUGAACCUGUACCUCAUUACGAGGCAGUCUACCAGAAUCCUUCACAGGUGAAAUCAUCACAAACUCCCGAGGAUUUAAAGAUACUAGCUGAAAAUACAGUCAACAUCGUGAAUUCAUUUCGCACGGAGUGGAUCAAAAGCCUUCCUCCUGAGAAGCGAAAGGAUUCAGCGCUGUUGGGGGAAAUUGACCAAGUCCAAAGAAAAUUAAAACCUAUCCUCACAAUGUCCAAAUCAAAAUUCCAAGCUGAAAAACAGCUCAAAGGUAUUACAGGUGGAUGGAAAUUAUUCCAAAACAAAUUAGAUCAGGGUCUGCACGAUGCUGUGCAAUUACACGUCAAGGAGGAAACAAAUAAAGCCGUACGGUUGAAACUUGAAAAUCAUUUUCGGGUCAGAAAGGGAUUGCGAUUCAGAAGACACUUGGUUAAAAAGUUAACCUCAGUUCCUCAAAGCUCUGAUGAAGAAUUUCAGUUUAUCUCUGAGCAGCUGAUUAAAGAUUCACCCUUACGGUCCGAGAGAAAGACUGAUCUAGAAUGGCUGAAAGAAACUCACACCAGCAUCGCAAAAAGGUUCAAAUUUGCUCAAGAAAAGAUAUUGGACUUCAAGCUGCAAUUUCAUUUGGCCCAGAUAGUGAAACAGUUGGAACAGAGUAUAAGGGAUGACGCCCAUGCCGAGCUAACCCACAUGUUGGAGAGUCUUACUAAGAAUACAGAAGUCAUGGAAAAUGCUUACCGAGUCAAAGUUGACGAUCUCAUUCACUCAGAACACAAAGACUUUCAAGUUCAGCUGUUCAAAGCCUACUUUGGCAUCGAGAAAUCUGCGCAGGAGAUCUACAACACAUUAAAAGAAUUGACUCGCAAGUGGCAGGUCAAUUUUACUACUUUUCGGAAAAAAUUUCAACAUAGACUUCCCCGUGAUGAAUACAAUGGCUUGCUAAAAGCGGCAUCCGUAUCAAAAGAAGAAUACACACAUUUAUUGGAAUACAUCAAGGAGCAACGAGGGAUUAACCUCUUCAAGAAGUUGAAAGAAAAGCACUUGCCAAUUGAUAAAGACUCUAUUAAACAUUUCUUGGUUCGAUUAAAAGAGAACAAAAUUCUUAAUGAUAAGCGUUUUCUGGAAUUGCAUGCGAGGGUCAUUACAUCAAGCGAGGAUCCUCUCGCAUUCAUGGAAAGCCUAGAACAAGAGCUAAAAGCACCAAUCAAAGUAUACGAUGAGUUGGAGGCAGAAUCUAUCCCAAUCAUGAUGUCAUCGUUGACCCACACCUCAAUUCAAAAAUUCUUGGACGAGUUGACAGAUGCCGAGAAGUCAAAACGAGCAGCUGAAGGGAUACUUACACAAGAGGAGCGCAAUUACUUUUAUCCAUAUUGGGAAGCCGAUCCAGUUAAAAGUUUUAGAGAUAAAAUGGAUAUAAUUAAUCUUCCAAAACUUUUUGAAGAACGGCUGCGCUUUCGAGCUCAUAAACAAUUUGCAGCUAUAUUGGAAGACAAAUCAAAAGAUAAAUCAUUUAGAUCUUUAACCUUAUCACACUAUCUGGAAGAUGUUAUUGCUGAACACAAGGAAGACCUGGAGUAUGAAUUGAGGCAAGGAAACUAUGCAAGUUUUUUGGAAAAACUACAAUCAAAAUCAAUCAAAACCACAGCAAGAGAUCAUGCUACAGAUGAACUUUGGGCUUCAAAAUUUUGGAAUGUUUAUUUCACAAAAGAAUUGCCAGCUAGGACUAGCAUACUGAAUGAGCUUAGGAUAAAGAAGGAACAAAGGCAACCCAUAGAGGAAAAGUUGGAACAUCCAGAAAAGUUGAGGAAUAAAGUUCUGGAUGGGUUCUUUCCCAAGCAGAAGAAUCCAGAAUCAGAGAACUUUGGGGUCCCAUGGAUGGUCGAUGAUGUUCCAGUACAUCCUAAAAUGAAAAUAGAGAUGGAGAAGAUGAUUGAUAAGAAGCAAUUCAUCUUGAUGCACAAGCCUCUGAAGCUGGAUGACAACAGCUGA